AUGUAUCAUGAUUAUGUAAUACAGCACAAGAACACAAGUAAGGGAUUCACCAACGAAAGUUCCAACAUUCAUCAUGAACAAACAUCUCCAUGGCCAUUUGUUGGCUUAUGGAGCUCCACAUCUCCCCAACCAACGAUCCUUCUUGAUCCGUCAUAUCGGAACGCAUUGCAAGGUCAGAGUCUUCAUCCCUAG